GGACGCGAGGGAAAGGUGGUUGUGAGAAGCGCUUCUUGAGGUGUUUCUUCAUUACCAGUUCUGCAGAAGAGAAGUGCUCCCUUUGUGUUGUGGGGAUUCCGGCGCUGGCUGAGAUGAACCGGUGGAGGGAAGUUCUGUCUUGGGUCCUACAGUGUUAACAUGUCCUUGAACAUCUGCCUCUGAAAGUUCUGGAGCUGUGCAUCCUGUUACACAGCAAAGCGAGAGAGGCCCUGGUGAUGCUGGAGGUUGGCAGCAGCUGGCUGAGAGACCAAACCAGUAAGAGCCUCCCCGAGUCUGGUUCACUGCUGGAGCUCUGUCUGUUGCACGUGUUGCUUCCUCUUGGCCGGUUUGAGGGGGCAGCAGAGCUUGUGCGCGGCUGUGAUGUUUUCGACAGCCAGCAGCAGCUAGCGUUUCUUGGGACCGUUUGUGACAGCCGAUGUCGGUGGACUCAACGGGAAGAGAUGCACUCGGCUGCUGAAGAGCAGCAAGAUGGAGCAACAGAAACUCUUCUGGGUAGGCUUUCCCUCUGUUGUUUGC